CAUGAGCUUUCCCUGGUGAAGAAAGGAAGUUUCCUGGCUCAUUCAAAACAAGAGCAGAGCAGUGUCCUGCUGGAGCCGUGGAGGUGAUGGUGCUCCUGAGAAGCCUGUUUCUGGCCUGUCUGCUCCCGCUGCUGGUGGAGGCUCAGUAUGAGAAGUACAGCUUUAGAAGUUUCCCUCAGAAGGACAUUAUGCCCCUGGACUCUGCGUACAGCUACGCGCUGGAGCAGUACGCUGCACAGAACUGGGGAGAGAGCGUCAAGUUCCUGGAGCUCAGCCUGCGACUCCACCGGCUGCUGCGGGACAGCGAGGCUUUCUGUAGCAGCAACUGCAGCUCCGUGAGCCGGGACAACGACAAUCCGUUUGCCGACAAUACCCUCCGCAUCGUGCGCCACAUCCUGCUGAGGGCUGCGUGUCUGAAAAAGUGCAAGGCGGAUUUUCCUGUGUUUAAACUCGCUUAUCCACGCAGGGAUUUACUGGAAACUUUCGAGAAAAGGACGCCGUAUCGGUACAUUCAGUAUGCGCAGUACCAGCUUAACAACCUGGAGAAGGCUGUGGCAGCAGCCCACACUUUCCUGAAGAAGAACCCCACUGACCCCCACCUGACUAAGAACAUGAACUACUACAAGACGCUGUUUGACGUUGAUGAAUAUCUCAUUGACUACGAGGAGCAGCCGUAUGAAAGUGUUUUCCUGAAGAGCGUGAUGCUUUACAACAACGGAGACUUCAGCAGCAGCGCACGAAACAUGGAGCAGGCCAUCACACAAUACUUUGAAGUCUACAACUUGUGCUUAGCAGGCUGCGAAGGAUCAUAUGAAAUCUUAGAGUUUAAAGACUUCUAUCCCACACUGGCAGAUCUCUACACUGAUGUGCUGAAAUGUAAGGUGAAAUGUGAAGAGAAUCUGACACCCAAUGUUGGGGGUUUCUUUGUGGAGAAGUUUGUUGCCACCAUGUAUCACUACCUCCAGUUUUCCUAUUAUAAAUUAAACGACGUGAAGAAUGCGGCUCCGUGUGCAGCUAGUUACAUGCUGUUUGACAGUAAAGACCAGGUGAUGCAGCAGAACGUAGCGUACUAUCGCUUCUACAAGGAGCAGUGGGGGCUUGUGGAAAACGACUUCCAUCCUCGGCCUGAGGCGCUGAGGUAUUUUAAUGAGACGACCAAGCAGAAAGAAAUGCUGGAGUUUGCACUGAACUACCUACAAACAGACGAUGAGGGCGUGGUGAGUCCAGAAGAUAUGGUCACCACAACGGAGCAUCCUGAUGCAGAGUUCGAAGGGAUGGGAGACUACGAGGAGUCCUUCCUGGCUGAGUGGUGGCAGGAACCAAAAACUAAGUGGGACACUGGAGAAAUGGCAGAUUGACAUUUCUUUUCUCCUAUAAAGGCACACAUCCUGACACAAAAUAUCAGACAGACACCAGCGAAGGAGAAGAAGCACAACUUAGGAACAUCUGUGUAGUAGCUGGUGAAUAAAAGGACCAAGUCAUCACAAACAUCAUGUUGAUCAAGAUCAGAGAUUGACAUAUUCUGCCUUGGCUGUCAUCAGCCUUUUAAAAUCUUAUUUUUAUAGGAAAACAUUGGACAGUAUGCUGAUAGCUGUUACUGACUUUUCUACAGGUUUUAUUUAAUAAAAGUUGAAUGCCUCUACGUGUGAGGAAGGUGACGUAGCUUUUCUUACACUCAGAUGUUGGCCAACCACCUACCAGGUUGUUUUAAUUAAUUCAUUAUUAUUAAAAUGAUUUUGUAAGAUAGAUUCAGGUUUCUUUUUUAAUAGUAAUACGACAAUUCAGAAAUGCAGGAUGGGUAAGUAGGGUUGAAAUGAUUAAAAGCCUCAGUAUUUUUCCCUUUUUGACUUGAAACACUGCUGGGAUAACUGUCAGGGGAGAU